AUGUGCUGCCAGAAGACACCUACACUGACCUGGCACACUUCCCUGGAGACACCCUGUCGCAGACAAUGCGUCACCCACCAGAAAGUCGGGAGGAUUCUGAUGUUCCUUUUUGUACUGCUUCUAAUUCUUUUUGCUGGUGACUACUGGUGCGGCUGGACACUGUGGGGAAAAGCGUUGCAAGCAAUGUUAGCGGUGCCUGAAGCAGAGCACAAGCCUACCGGGACCUCACUGGCUUUGUUCGACCAGAAAAGCCAUGAGCUAAGAGAGCAGGAAGCCCACAUGUCUGCUGCAUGGGAACAAUUUGUGCAGGCAGUGAGCAAAGUUCUGGAAGAUGAUCGUAUCCAAGGGGAGAAGAGAGAGGACAUUCUGCACUUGACAAGGGAUGUAUUUGAAAAGGUGCUUAAAAUCCACACCUGGAUGCCUGACUGGGCCCUGAAAUCCAUAGGUGCCACAAUUGAUGCGGAGAGGACAUCCAAGAGUUAUGCUGGGGAAGGCAGGAAGUGGUGGAUUUUUCCAAUCUUUUCUUUUGCAAAGCAUCCAGAGACUAUACUGCAGCCCAGUAUCUCCCCAGGCGACUGCUGGGCCUUCCAAGGGUCUCAGGGACAUAUUGUGAUUCAGUUGCCAGUGAAAAUCUGGCCAACAGCUUUCACCAUCUGGCAUAUCUCCAAGGCAGUCUCUCCUUCCGGGGAAGUCAGCAGUGCCCCAACAGAGUUUGCUGUCUCUGGAGUGGAUGAGGACGAAGCGGAAAUUCUCCUUGGGAUAUUCACCUACGAGGUGGACAGCAUGAUGGCUCAGACCUUCCAUGUGCAAAAGGAGCCUCCCAGAACGUUCCGCCACAUCAAAGUGGAGGUGCGAAGCAACUGGGGAAACCCAGAAUACACCUGCAUCUAUCGAGUGCAGGUUCAUGGGCAGGCAGAAAAGCCCCAAGAAAGGAAUCCAAGAAUAAAAACAUAUUAAAAAAAAAAA